CAUGAGAUCAUGACGGGAGCUGAAGUCAGACGCUUAACUGACUGAGCCACCCUGGCACCCCCCAAAUACUUAUCUUUAUUCUAGAUCUCUCUCCUGAACUUCAACAGCCUCCACCUGAAACCCAACACUUUCAAAAUCCAGACUAUUUCCUCCCAAAUCUGUGUCACAUGCAGCUUCCCUAUCUCAGGUGGUGGCACUUCCAGUUCUUCCAGUUGUUUCAGGCCAAAAUCCCCUGGAGUCAUGUUUAAGCUCCUGCACCUCAUAUCCUGUAGAAAAUCCUGGUUGCUCUACUGUGUAAACAUCCAGAGCCUGAACUGCCCACUACCAUCCCUUCCCGUCUUCUGACAUACCGCACUCCUGACAGGUCUUCAUGCUUCUCAACCCAGCAGCUACAGAGUCCUUAUCAAAGGCCAAUACCAUCAUGCAGCCUUGGGUAGCCAUCUUCAGCCCCAUACUACUUCUGACAGAUGCUGUAGUGUCUCACAAACAAGUGAAUGGAGUGGUAGGCCUUCCUGCCACGCUGUCCUGCGCUUACUCGACAGCUAAGGGAGUCACCACCAUGUGCUGGGGCAGAGGGGCAUGUCCUGUGUCCCAGUGCUCAGAUGUAAUCAUCUGGACUAAUGGAUCCCACGUCACUUUUCGGAAGCACCCACGUUAUAAGCUAAAGGGAAACCUUUUAGAAGGGAAUGUGUCUUUGACCAUAGAGAACGUGGCUCAGACUGACAGUGGCAUAUACUGUUGUCGUGUUGAACACAGCGGGUGGUUCAAUGACAUGAAACUCACCCUGUCAUUAGAGAUAAAGCCAGCUGUGGUCACCAGUGUUCCAACAUCACCUAGGGCCUUUACCUCUACUUCUUCAAUGCCAGCACCCACGCAGAACCUCAAGCCAGCUACUUCAUCUUCUCCAGUGCAGACAGCAGAAACCCAGCCUACAGCACCACAGGAGACGAGGACACCACAGCCCACCAGUUCACCAUUGUACUCUUGCCCAAAAGAUGGGAAUGGCACUGUGACACAGUCUUCAGAUGGCCUUUGGCAUAGCAAUCAAACUCAUGUGUCGCUGGCACAAAAUUCAUGGAUGACCACCAGUAAGGGACUCUACAUUGGAAUCUGCAUUACUACUGUGGUAUUGCUCACUGUGUUGGUUGUCGUGAUUACCAAAAAAUAUUUAUGCGUAAGAAACAAGCUGGAACAACUAAACUUGGUUUCGUUGAGUGACCCCCAGACUGGAGCUUUGCAAAGUGCAUCUGAAGUGGGUGUGCGAGCGGAAGACAAUAUCUACAUUAUCGAGGACAAUCUUUACGUCAUGGAUUAAGAUCCAGCGGCACUCUAAGGAUUUAUACCCUUGACUGCAGAAGACAGUGACAAGAUAUCACCAUGUCAGAGUUCUUUUAAGCUCUAGAAUGAUUUUUCUGUCAAUUUCAAAUGAUAUUCCAAUAUGUCAGUUAUGAUGGGUAGGCUGACUUUGGUUCAUCUGUGUACGGUCAACCUCAUUGGUCAUGUAGUCCUAAUUUUUUAUACUACAACUGGUUCAGUAUUUCUGGUCAUUGCAGAGAUUUCUCUCAAACACGAAGUGAACACUUUAGAAUUGUGUGUUCUCUUUGGACCCUAUGAACCCUAUAUCCAUCAAGAAUUCUCGCUGGUGAGACAGGAGAGGAACUACUACCUUGGUCACCAAAGCUGUCAAGAAGAGUGGAGUAGGAGUUAAAGUCAGCAAAUCCAAUUUGGGACUUAAAGUCUUCACUUGGAAUCAUUUCACAAUUAUCUCUUGUGUUUUACCUUGUAAUAACUCCAAAUGUUACAUUUCUUAGGUUCCCCAAGGCUUUCAAAUCACGGGUACACAGGCUUUUAUUUCCCCCAUAGGGAAAUAGAAGUGAAUGUGAUAUUGCCAUUGUGGGUAAAUACAAUUUCUCAUGGCUCUGGAAAUACAUGGUAUUAAGCCUUUCCUUAGAACCAGGGUGGGUAUUUUAGCAGUUAGAAGAAACUAGGGUAAUGAGUGAACCAAGAAGAUUCUCCAGGGAAGAAAAUCAGUUGAUUUAUUACAUGCUAUUUCUGCUACAUCUGUUCCAUAGUCCCAAGCAUUUGUGUAGAUAAUUGUCAUGUUCUCUGAACUAAUUUUUAGAAUGAGGCAGGGCAUAAAUAAAUAGAAGAAAAAAAAAAGGGAGAAGGCUAAAAGGCUUUCUGCUUUAGAAAAGUUACUUUGCAAAUAUAAUAAUGUUGUUUGAGAGUGUUACUAAGUUUCAGUCAAAAUUGUCACUAAACCACUGCAAUUUUUAAAAUUGUUUUGGAAGGAUGGUUUUUUUUUUUUUUUUAAUAUCAAAGCAAUUCCAAUGCUAUUCUUUUUUUUUUUCCUCACAAUUCAGUGAAAUUUUUGGCUUUUCCAAGAGAGUUAAACAAAGGCUAAAGGUAAGGAUUUUUUAGUCAACACAGGCAUUUCUACAUGAACAGUUAACAAGGUUGGGUAUUAAUUUCAAUCUAAGUAAACCCUGAAACAACUCCUGCUUAGGGUUCAGAGAUACACUAUAGCAGUUGAGGAAGGCAGGAUGUUCAUUUCUGAGGGCAACAUGCUUGACAUUCUUCUGCAGGGUUCUAGGAAGUUAACAGGACCUCUGAAUAAAAGUUAUAUGGGCAAAUAAUAUUGUUAAACAUGCUAUCUUGGGUUUUCCAAGUGUGGCCAAGAUCUGAUCUGGCCUAAGAAAUUUUUUUGUUUUUGUUUUUAAACUACAGUGUUUUUCUUUCAAAUUCAAGACAACAUGCAUAAACAUGGUGAAUUCAGAUGAAAGCCUGAAUUUGUAGCUUUUCUGGAAAGACCUUGCAACAUUGGACUGCAUUCCUAGGUAGUCAGGGCCCCAUUAAAUGGUGCUACAUCCUCUCAGCCCCUAGUGCUCAACUUUCCUGCACAGACACACAUUUGUCACCUGCUUUGUGACUGGGAAUUUGAAUUUAUAACAGCUCUGCUCUCUCUACCCUUCCUGCAGAUUUAUGAUGGCACAUUCAAAGUUCUGGGAAUCUGGUUAACUUUGUUAAUCUAGCACUUCCAAAACUUGCUUGAACACAAGGACUACUGCCAUAUCCAGUUGCAUUCUGUGAAACAGAAUGUGAGGAUGUGUGGGAAAGAAGGUGGUACACAGAAUCAGGACUAGGACCUGAGUUCUACUCUUAACUCUUAACAGAAACACUGGAUGCCAUUAGGGCUAAUCUUUCUUGAUGCCUACAUUUUUUAAUCUAUCAGGCAUAAUUAUUCCUAUAAUUAUGUCAGUGUAUAGUGGUAAUUCCAAUGCUAUGUUACUUGUGACAGGUCUUUGAAAAGCGGAAAACACUACAGAAAUGCAAAAAGUGUUUUUUUUUUAAUUUGUUUUUAUUUUUUGGUUGAUUUUAUAGUAAUAGCAGAUGUAGAUUUAGUGCUCAGUAAAUAAUUUCAAUGGUGUUGCAUUCAUAUGUAUUUUGCUAUAUGGUACUUUAUUGGAGGGAAUAAUUUACUUUUUGGAAAGCUGAUAUAGGGUAAUUGGGCUAAUUUUAUACUGGAGUAAAAACUGUCAAUAACUGAAAGGACAAACAGGUGAGUGGGGAGGAAAGGGAGGCGUUCAGUUAAUAUUAAACUCUUUUUUGUGAAUAUAUCCAUCUUAUAGAAUGUAUUGAUUUGUUUUCAAUCCUUUGAGAUGAUUGAGGUUCCAUUUUCUACAAACUGUCUUGUGAUGUUAGGACACUGGUGUAAGUAAGGUAUUUAAACUUGGGAAAUUUUGCACAUCUUUAAGAAGUAGCAGAACCAAUUUUUCACUAAUGGCUGUGAAGAUAAUUCUGGGAGUACAUGAAAGUAUGAGGGACUCUUUGGGACUAGUUUAAUUUGUAUGUACACUCAUUAAUAAAACAGAUUUUUGUUUUCAUUUUGAAAA